AUGGUUCGAAGAAUACGAUUUCCACCUAAACCGGAUAACGUUGAAGAAUCUGGACCUCGUGAAUUCUGUUUCAAUAUUACCGAAGCAAAUGAUUUGGAUGAGCAAAUUACAACUGGUGCUGCAAUGACAUCGUCAACUGAUGAUUCAUCAUCGCAACAACAGAACUUAACUCCAGAACAAUUACAUCAAUUGUUCAUUAAAGCAAGUUCUGAAUUGGUUGCCGAAUCAAAUGAUAAUCAAGAAUUUUUCAAACGUGAAGCAACAAUUAAAGCACCAAAAACAGGUCAAAUAAUACAAACACCAUUUCCACCACCUUCCGAAGAUCGUAAAGAAGAUCUUGAUAUUGAUGUUGAACAAUUAAAACAAUUGGCGAAACAAGAAGCAGGUCCAUUAAUUAUCGAAAGAUAUUCUCCUACUGAAACGGAAAUUAAUUAUUCAUUAGCAGCGGUUACAAUAACAUUCAAUCAACCGAUGAUUGCUGUUUCAACAUUGGAUGAAAAUACGAAUGUAGAAAAUCUUGGUAUAUCAUUAACACCGAACUUAGAUGGUCGAUGGAGAUGGACAGGAACAAAAACAAUUCAAUUUGAACCAAAACAUCGUUUACCAUAUUCAACAAAAUAUACAUUACAAGUUAAGAAAGAAAAUUGUGUAUCAGCAAUUGAAGGAAAAUUAGCAGAUGAUUUUUUGUUUGAAUUUUCAACAACACCAGCAAAUGUUGUUCAAUAUUCACCAUAUGGUACAGUUUCAACAUUGAAACCAAAAUGCUUUUUAUUAUUUGAUCAAAAAAUUGAUCGAAAUCAAAUUUUAAAACAUUUACGCGUAGUUGAUAAUGAUGGACGUGAAAUAUCAAAAGGUGAUUUGGAACUAAUAGAUGAAACAGCAGCAAAAAAAGAAUUUGAAGGCUAUUUGAAUACGAACGAAGGGACUCAUGAAAGAUAUGUUGCAUUUACAUUUAAAAAUGACCUAUCAAAAGCAACACAAUAUACAGUUCAAUUACCUGUGGGUUGUCCAUCAACUGAAGGUCCGUUAGUGACAACAUUAGAAUGGUCAGCUAAUUUUCAAACAUAUGAACCUUUAAAAAUCAUUGAUUGGCAACCAAAUAAAAAAAAUGAAUACCAACCAUCUACUAACCCUGGUAGUAGUUGGUUAGUAACAUUCAAUAAUUCAUUAGAUCGUUCAACAAUUAAUAAAUCAUUAUUUAAAAUUGAACCCGAAGUUAGUGGAUUAGGUAUUGAACAUGUCGAAUACAAUGAUCGACAAAUAACCAUACACAAUAAUUCAAAACCUAAUACUGUUUAUACAUUGACGAUACAAACAGAAGUGUUAAAAGAUAUUCAUGGUCAAACAUUGGAACAUGAUUUUGCUGAACAAUCAAUACAAUUUCAUGUACAUGAUUCACCACCAUUAGCUGGCCAUUUGUCUGGUGCAACAGGUAUGAUUAUAAUGGAUCCUGGUGUAUUAGAUGAUGCAUUUUAUCCAUUUUUGAUUUAUAAUUAUUCUGAAAUAAUACUUCGCGUUAAUCAAGUUAAACCAGAACAUUAUCGACAAGAUUUACCUUGUUUUCAACAGUAUUCUUAUAGAAAUGGAAAAGAAGAAUCAAAUCGUGAUUUGCCCGGUGAAGAAUUAUUCAAUGAAACUAUGCAAACAAAUUGUGAACGUGAUGAACCUAAAGAAAUGAAAAUUCCAUUGAAAACAUAUUUAUCAAAAGAAUCAGGUGUAGGUCAAUUAAUUGUUUUUAUUGAACCAACAGACAAAGCCUGGAAUGCAUGCCGACAAAACGAGUGGGAACGUAAACCAAUGGUAUCAGCUUGGUUACAAUGCACUCGAUUAGCAGUUGAUGUCUUUGUCUCAUCAGCGUCUACAGGUCCGAAUGCUCGAUUAACUACAUGGGUUACUGACUUGAUGACUGGUGUACCUGUUCAUCAAGCAACUGUUUCCAUAUCAAACAAAAACAAUGAAACAAAUAAUCAAGGAUUAUGUACAAUUGCUAAAGAUACGACAGAAAAUAAUAACGAACAAACUAUUCGAGAACAAAUCUUGAUAGUUCAAAAGAAUGAUGAUUUAUGUAUGUUACCUGAUAUAUAUUCAUAUGCGUCAAAUGUUAAUACUUAUGUUUGGCAUGUAUUUAAUGAUCGAGGUUUAUAUAAACCAAAAGAAGAAGUACAUAUUAAAGGAUACGUUCGAUUAUUGGAAGUAAAAGGUGAUGCAAAAUUACCAACUUAUGCAAAAGGUACUAUUGAGUAUAUAGUUUCUGAUCCUCGUGGUCAACAACUAGAACAAUCAAAAGUUGAAUUAAAUAAUUAUGGUGCAUUUGAUAUCAAAUUUACAUUACCUGAUAAUGUUAAUUUAGGUGAUGGAUGGGUAACAUUCAAUUUACCAAGUUUAGAAACACAAACAACACAUUCUUUCAAAAUUCAAGAGUUUCGUAGACCAGAAUAUGAAGUUUCAUCAAUGACUCGACCAUCAACAGUACAUUAUUGUCAUCCCACUAAUGAUCAACAUGUUAUAGCUAGUUGUCAAGGAAAAUUAUUUGCUGGUGGUUUUUUAACUGAUGCCAAUGUUCAAUGGUCAGUUAGCGCUGAAACAACCAGAUAUACACCACCGAAUAGAUCUGAUUAUACAUUUGGUAGAGCUCGACCAUUCUUCUUUUGGUAUGGUAGCAAUAACAACAAUGAAAUAUCAUAUCCUGCACAAUUUUUCCAGGGUAAAACUGACAGUAAAGGUACGCAUGAAAUUAAAAUAGGUUACCAUGGUAUUGAAAAAGAACCAAAACCAACAAUGGUUCGUGCAUUAGCAGCUAUUACAGAUUUAAAUAAUCAAACACAAGAAACACAAACACAAUUUCUUAUUCAUCCAUCAACAUAUUAUGUUGGAUUUCAAUUACUCAAUAAUUAUGGCAAGAAAGAUCAACCUAUAAAAACCAAAGUUAUCGUUACAGAUGUUGAUGGAAAUUUAAUUGAUAAUGUUUCAAUUGAAUGUAACAUAGUUGGUAUUGGUCAAGAAAGAAAAGAAGAUGCGAAUGGUUUAACAAUAUAUGAAGAAGUCAAAGAUGAACAACAAGUUACAAAUGCUAGUUCAAGUAAAGAUGCCAUUAAUAUGGAAUUUACACCAAAAUUAGGUGGACGAUACAAUAUAUCGUUUACCAUCAAAAAUGAACAAGGACAAUCAGCAAUGAGUUUCUAUGAUAAUAUUUAUGUUGCUGGUGGUAGUGGAAAAGAAAUGGAAAGACAAAAAGUCGAAUAUAUUCCAACCGAUACAUUAACAAUUUUACCAAAUGCAACAAAUUAUCAACCAGAUGAUACAUGUGAAUUACUUGUCUUAGCACCAUUUAGUCCAGCUCAUGGUCUAGUACUAUUCGAUUGUGAAGGUCAAGUUUCACAACCAAUACAAUUUCAAGUUGAAGCUGGAAAAGAUUCAGCAACAGUUGAAUUUAAAAUAUUAAAAGAGUGGAUACCAGGAUUUACUGCACAUAUUGAAUUAACAGGUUCAAUGCCAAGAGAAACAGAAGUAGCCGAUGCACCUAAUCGUCCAGCCAUUGCUGUUGGUUCAGUAACAUUAGAUGUUUCAAGAGAUGUUUAUAAACUAAAUAUUUCAAUCAAUACAAAAGAUGCGCAGAAAACCUAUACACCAUCAUCAACUGUUCAUAUUGAUGUUGAUGUUACACAAUUUAAAGAUAAAGUACCUGUAAACCAAGCAGAAGUUUGUCUAAUUGUUGUUGAUGAAGCAAUCUUAUCAUUAACUGAUUACAAAUUAACCAGUCCAUUAGAUAUAUUUUAUCCUAAUAGACCAGCAUCGAUUGUACAACAUCAUGGUAGAAAUCGUUGUUUAUUAUUCAAUAUGAAAGAUAUUGAACAAUUUAAAAAAGAAAUGCGACAAAUAAAUGAACAAAGUCUGCGCAUGCAUUCGCGUAUGAUGGACAAAUGUUGUUUUGCAAUGCCGAUGGCUUGUUCUGCUGCGAGGGGUGGUUUUGGUGGUGGUUUUGAUGAUGCUGGUCAAACAAUAAAUGUUCGAUCGAAUUUUAAUCCAUUAGCAUGUUGGGUACCAUCAUCAGCAACAAAUUCAACAGGACAUGUUUCAUUCAAAUUUAAAUUACCUGAUAAUCUUACACGUUAUCGUGUUUGGGCUAUAGCUACAACUGAUCAACAAUAUGGUUUAGGUGAAAUGGGAUUUACUGUACAAUUACCAGUAAUGAUACGUCCUUCACCACCAAGAUUUCUUAAUUAUGGAGAUACAGCUAAUCUUUCAGUUGUUUUACAAAAUCAAACUGAUCUACCAUUAUUAUUACAUGCUGGUCUAAAAGCAACAAAUGCAAAAUUAACUACCGCAGACGCCAAUCAACAAGUUGUUGGUUAUGCCAUUCAACUUCAAGCAAAUAAACGAGCUGCACUUCAAUUUCCAUUAUCAACAAUUGAUGCAGGUACUGCUCGAUUUCAAUUUAUUGUUAGUACUCUAGCAAAUGAAUCACAAGCAUCAUUUGGUGAUGCAAUUGAAUUAAGUGUACCUGUCUUCACACCAGCAACAUCCGAAGCAUUUGCAACCUACGGUGACGUAUGUGAAGAACAAGUUGUUUUUCAACCAAUUAAAACACCUGAAAAUGUUAUUCCACAAUUUGGUGAAUUAUCAAUUUCAACAAGUUCAACAGCAUUAGCAUCAUUAACAGACGCAAUUAUUUCCUUGUAUACAUAUCCAUAUGAAUGUACAGAACAAUUAAGUUCAAGAUUAUUAGGUGUUCAAGCAUUAUGGGAUGUUUUACAAGCAUUUCAAUGUAAAGAUUUACCAGAUAUAGCAGAAAUAAGAACAAAAUUACAAUCAGAUAUGAAUAUAUUAAAAGGUCGUCAACAUUCAAAUGGUGGUUUUGGUUAUUGGACAAAUCGAGAGGGUACAAAUGCGGAUCCAUUUGUCAGUAUACAUACUGCACAUUGCUUGGUUGUUGUUAUGGCUAAACAGGUAUGUGAUAUUGAUGGAAAUAUGUUCAAUAAUGCACUUCAAUAUGUAACAAAUAUUGAAUCUGAAAUAAAUCAAUUAUUAUACGCAAAAUAUUGGUCUGAAAUAACUCGAUUUAGUUUGAUGAGUUAUGCAUUGUAUGUACGAGCAAAAGGAUCACAAAAUGUAGCAAAUGAAGCAGUUGACUUAUUUACACGAAGUGGAUUUAAUAAACUUAGUUUAGAAGCAUUAGGUUGGCUUUUAGUUGCAUUAUCUACUGAGAAAAAUGCAACAACAACACAAUCAAUUGAGACAAUCUAUAAACAUAUAAAAGGUAAAGUAAGUGAAACUGCUGAAACAGCCAAUUUUAUAACAUCUUACGGUGAUGAUGGUCAAUCUGUUAUGUUACAUUCUGAUCAACGAACCGAUGCUAUCUUAUUAGAAGCAUUAUUAUAUAUUGAUCCACAAUCAACACUUUGUACAAAAUUAUGUAAAGGUUUACAAGCACAUAAAGUUAAAGGUGCAUGGAAAUCAACACAAGAAAAUUGUUUUGUAUUGCUUGCAUUAGAAAAAUAUUUUCAUAUUAAAGAAAAAGAUACACCUGAUUUUAUUGCAAAUAUUUGGUUAAAUAAUGAUUAUUGUGGUCAACAUCAAUAUAAAGGUCGAACAACAAAUACACAUACAGUUGAUAUUCCAAUGAAAUUUAUUCUAUCACAAUCAAAUGAUAAGAAUUUAAUUAUGCAAAAAGAUGGUCAAGGUCGAUUAUAUUAUCGUAUUGCAUUGAAUUAUGCACCAACAAGUUUACAAUUAAAUGCAGUUAAUUACGGUUUUAAGAUUGAACGAAGAUAUGUAGCUGUUGAUGAUUCAUCACAUGUUCAAAAACAAGAAGAUGGUACAUGGAAAUUUAAAUUAGGUGAAAAAAUCAAAGUUAUAUUAACAAUGAAAACAACACAACGACGAUAUCAUAUUGCAUUAGUUGAUUAUUUACCUGCUGGUUGUGAAGCAUUAAAUACACAAUUGAAAGGUACAAUUACAGGUGAUACGGAUUCAUCUGUUACAAGAUCAAAUCAAUCUAGAUGUUGUUCACACUCAAUUACUGGCUGGACUGAACAUGAAAAUUUACGUGAUGAACGUGCUGAAGCAUUUCGAUCAUUAUUAUGGCCUGGUGUUUAUGCAUGGAGUUAUGUUAUGCGCGCAACAUGUGCCGGAACAUUUAUCAUGCCACCAGCAAAAGCAGAAGAAAUGUAUUCACCAGAAAAUUUUGGUCGAUGUGCUACAGAAAAAGCUACUAUUAACUAA